CUUAAUUCAGACAUUUAUUAUGUUAGGCUGCCAACACUUUGAAGACAUUGUGGCUCGUACUAUGAAAGUGGGAAUUCAGCAUUGUCCCGAAGUAGCAUGUGUCCCCGUGGCAGCGUGUACAGUCUAGCCCUCGUCUUGUGUUGCCACUUGCGAAAUAGCAGAAGCUAGCUAACUGGCUAACAGUUAGCCUGCUAGCUAAUCUCUCCAGUGGUAGCAGCACCAACAGAGCAGCAAGUGAUUGAUUGUAUCGUUCAAACUGGAAGGUAACCUAGCAGUUUUUAUCUUCUUAAGCCUGUGGUUUUGGGACCCAAUGCCGCCGCGGGGAGAAACGGACAAGUUGAGACAGAGCACUUCGUGAGCGAGUGGUGCUGGGGAUAGAGAAACCCAAAGAUACCAAGAAGAGAGACUCUUACCCUGCAUCAUUAUUGUGUAACAGGUUGCAGCAGAACUCGACGGCCAGACGGUUGCCAUGUCGACCUCAUCGCUACGGCGACAAGUAAAGAACAUCGUCCACAACUAUUCAGAGGCUGAAAUCAAGGUCAGAGAGGCAACGUCCAAUGACCCAUGGGGUCCCAGCAGCUCUCUGAUGUCAGAGAUAGCAGAUCUGACCUACAAUGUUGUGGCCUUCUCUGAAAUUAUGAGCAUGGUGUGGAAACGCCUCAAUGACCACGGCAAGAACUGGAGACACGUGUACAAGGCUAUGACUCUCAUGGAGUACCUGAUCAAGACAGGUUCAGAACGCGUUGCCCAACAGUGCCGAGAGAACAUAUACGCAGUACAGACCCUCAAGGAUUUCCAGUAUAUAGACAGAGAUGGCAAGGACCAGGGGGUCAAUGUGCGAGAGAAAGCGAAACAGCUGGUAACACUCCUUAAAGAUGAGGAGAGACUAAGAGAGGAGAGGAUUCACGCCCUCAAAACCAAAGAGAAGAUGGCACAGACCUCCAGUGCCUCCUCAGCUCCCUCAGCUCCAGGCCUGGGGGGCAGCCUGUCAUUGGGCUCCCACUCUGGAGGGGCAGACCCUGAGCAGGCCUGGCCACAGAGCUCUGGAGAGGAGGACUUGCAGCUCCAGCUUGCACUGGCCAUGAGUAAAGAAGAGGCAGAGCAGACUAGCAUGGCCCCUCUGGAGGACGCAGAGCUCCGCUAUGCACUCACACUCAGCAAGGAGAUGCACCAAAAGGAGGAGAGACUGCGCAGAGGUGAUGACCUGAGACUGCAGAUGGCCAUUGAGGAGAGCAAGAGGGAGAAGACUAAACCAGAGGAGAGUGCUCUCAUGGAGCUGAGUGCUGUGGACCCCUGGGGGGCCCCUGCCUCUGCUGCUUCGGUGGGGUCUGCAGGCCCCUCUCCUCCACCUACAGUCUCUGCCCCCUCUGCCUCAGGCCCAUGGGGCGCAGCCCCUACAGACCCAUGGGGGGCAGCAUCACCCACAUCUCCUCCAAGCGCGGACCCCUGGGGCGGGGCGGCCCCACCCACGAUAGCCCCUCCUCCAGACCCCUGGGGAGACACUUCCAAUAGAGUUAACAAUGUCGACCCCUGGGGAUCUUCAGCUGUGACCCCCCCCAGUGCCGACCCCUGGGGCCCCCCAGUGCCCCCCAGCACUUCCUCUUCGGGGGGGCCAGUAGAUCCUUGGGCAGGGGAGGGGGCUAUCCCUGCCUCUGACCCUAUCACCUCUGACAUCUGGAGUGGCACCGCCAAACACACUAAUGGCACAGUAGAUCAAGAGCGACGAGGGUCCUCAGCAACUGGCGGUGACAGUACAGGCUCUCCGGUGCCCUUUGACCUUUCGUCUCUUGGUUCUUCACUUCCUGUUCGAAAGACUCCUGAAUCCUUUCUGGGUCCCAAUGCAGCGCUUGUGGAUCUUGAUUCCCUGGUGUCGUCUAAACCCAAGCCCAAACAGCCUCCUCCUCCUUCCAUCUCCUCCUCUUCAGCACACAACCCCUUCCUUCAAAACACAGGCUCAUCUCCUGCCCCUGGAAUGGCAGUGACUCCAGGCAGCACCAUUUCCAGCAGGGGGGUUUCUCCAACACCUGCUUCUUCCAACCCUUUUGGUGUGGCUGCACCCAUGACCUCUAUCUCACCUCAGCCCUCAUCUCUGGGCCUGAGUGGCCUCCGCACCAGUCCUGUGCCUCCCAAUCCCAUGCUGGGCAUGGUGCAACCAGGAAUGGGAAUGGGUCCGAUGGGUGUGGGCAUGGGAGCUCCAGGAAUGAGCCUGGGCAUGAUGCAGACCAGUCCAAUGGGCAUGCCCUACAGCGGGCUUUCACCUAUGGCUCCCCCAGGCUCGGCUCUUCUAAUGGGGCCCACAGGGGGAGCGCCUCCUCAGCUGAUUUUGGGGGGGCCCUCUGGAACAGGAGGAGUGAUGGGAGCAGGUGGAUCAGUGGGAAGCGGAGGAACAACAGGAGCAAGCACCAAUCCUUUUCUUCUUUGAGGAAGUCUCACCACUACUUCCCUCUCCUGUCUUGCCCCCUCCAUUCAUCCUCCUUUAACACAACUUAUGUGUCCAAAAAGAAGUAUGUGUACAUCUCUAUAUUUAAAGAAAAAAAAAAAACAAAAUUCAAAAUUUAUGUUCUUUCCACAGAAAGCAUUACAUUUUAAGUUUUCAUUUCAGAAGAAUUUUCCACAUUUAAUUCCUUUCAUUUCAGAUUGGGGUGUUGUGGGUGGGAAAUAGAGAUCUAUUUAUUUUGUUUUAAUUCUAUUCUGUUCUGUAUUGUUCUUCAUGUUAUGGUUUUUCCAGUCCUGUCUGAGAUGAAGGUGAGUCCGUUUGAGCAGGAGGCUUCGUCAGUAGUGUGACUCUACUAUAUUCUAAUAUUACUGCACUGAGAGAGAACUGGAGGGAGAGGGGACAUAGCCACUAACAAACUGAACAAACUGAACUCUUGUACCUGCCUCUUCCUCUUGUGUCCCUCUAGAAUGAAGACAAACACUGAAAUGAAACGAGUGCAUGAAGGAUGAUUUUAUAAUAAACUCCUGACUGAGAUAUGGACUGAAAUAAACUUGUAUUAACAUUUCAGUCACAAUAUGGUCAAAUUGUUCAACUAUUUCACUUUUAAUUUAAUUUAAUGUUAAAUGUAAUUUAUUUUUUCCACUUUUGGGGAACAAAUAAACAAGGAAAAUCAAACACAAUGAUGCCAUUUAAAUCAAACCCUUUUUUCUUUUUUUUCUCUUCCUGAUUAUUGUAGAAACUAGAGAGAGCACCGACAUCUUUGGUCUGACGGGGAAAAGAUGGAAUGUGUAUUGAAUGUGUGUGCAUCAGUGGGUGAUGAAUGAGAAUAUGAAUGCUCUUUGUGUGUGUGCAAGUAUGCAAUAGCGCAAAUGCCUGUUUUUGUGUAUAUGUAUCAAUAUCUGUCCAUUUUCCUGUGUCUCAUUUCAGUGACUCGGAAAGAAAGAUAUUAAAUCCUUUUUUGUUUUUGUUUGUUUUUAAAGAUCGUCACUUGUAUCAAUGCUAUGUAAUGAUGGGAUUUCAAAUGAGGUAUUAUAAGGGUCACACAUUUCUCUGCCAAUCUUACUUCACUCUACUUUUUGUAUUAAUCAGAAGCAUUAGUUUUUUUUUUGUUUGUUUUUUGUUUUGUUUUUGACCCUCACACUUUUGUAUGGGAGCCCUGGUGUACAGGUCUCCCAGAGCACCACUGUCCUUGCAUUUCAUCCCUCUUUCCUGCAGGGAGGGAGAGCUACAGAUGCUUCUUUAAAAGAGACAAUUAUUUCAGUGAAAAGAAAAAAAAAACA